AUGAGGCCGCAUAUUAGGAAUCCAUUUUCGAGGGGUAUUUCCCUGGAAGUACCGAUACUCGAGGAUGCUAACCCCUCGUCUGUACCUAAUUCUUCAUGUUUGGUACCUGUGAUUCCCUCCGAUGGACCUGGUGCAUCUUCAUCAGUUCCAAUUCCUUCUGAGUCUCUUGUCAAUCCAUUAGAAGAGGGGGAGGUUACCGGGUCACAACCAAAUACCACUGCGAACGAGACUAGAGAUCUUGUUUGGGCCAUCUACAAUGCAAAGCCUUGGUGUGCACCCCAUAAAGAGGUCAUGAAGAUGUGGAAUGCAGUGGCAGAAGACCUAAAAGCAUGUGGUAUCUGCAAUAGGGACGGUCAGUAUAUACGGCGGAAGACAUUGAAUUUGAUUGAAAUACAUCACGAUCCAGAGUAG